CAUAAAGAUAGUGCUUAGUUUUUCUAGUAUUGUGGAUAUAAUAUUGUUGCACACUAGCAGUUCCAACCAAAGAUAAGCUUACUAGCUGCUAUCCAAUAUGGCAUCAGCUGCGCUUAUUCUGUCGCUUCUCAUUGCCGUGCAACUGCCAUAUUUGAGAAGCUUGUCUUUACAAAGCAGUAGCUAUAGCCCACUUGAAAAUCAAGAAAAAGACAAUAUUGGGCAGUUAGAGGAAUGGAUAUCUUUGAAUGUGAAGCACUACAACAGAAAGAGAGCAGCAAGUUUGAAAUGGAUGCAAGAAUCAGUCAGAAACAGGAAACAACAAGUUCCAUCGUCUAGUAGCCUGGAUCCAAGGCUUAGAAAUGCGGAGUUGAACAAAAUUUUAAUCAGUGUGAAUCAAGAAGGAAUUGGCAAUUUCAAGACCAUUAAAGAAGCUCUUGCUAGCAUUCCUGUUUAUAACAAGCGUCGUGUCAUAUUGGAUAUCAAACCUGGAGUUUAUAGGGAAAAGAUUAACAUUCCAAGAAGUUUGCCAUUCGUGACAUUUCGGGGGGAUAGCAGCGAUCCGCCGAGGAUCACAGGCAACGAUACAGCUGCGGCCGCUGGAACCGACGGCAGGCCUUUGAAGACAUUCCAAAGUGCUACUGUUUCUGUGGAUGCUGAUUAUUUUGUGGCCAUUAACGUCAUUUUUGAGAAUACAGCAGCACAUGUGGUAGGGUCGGUGGGAGAACAAGCAGUGGCACUGAGAAUAUCGGGGAACAAGGCUGCAUUUUACGACUGCAGUUUCUACGGAAGUCAAGACACCCUUUACGAUCACAAGGGACUUCACUAUUUCAAUAAUUGCUUCGUUCAAGGCUCUGUUGAUUUCAUCUUCGGCUAUGGCAGAUCCCUCUAUGAGGUCAGUUCAUCUUUCCUCAAUUCUCAUAUUUUAUUACCCCACCGUACAUCCUCUACUUAUUGA